CUUCACCUAAACGCGCUACUCCGCGCUCUCACCGCGCAUCUAUAGUUAACAGGAUUUUAGUCAGGAUACUUGAAGUCAGAUGGUUUUGAAAGUAAUCCACAAUAUAUUUGCGUGUGUCUCUGCGUCUUUACAUCCCAAUGUUAGCAAAGCUUGAAAACGCAUUUUUUUUAUUCCUUUGAGCUGUUGGUUGGAUUUGCGGCUUAAAAUCUAUAACUUAAUCUCCCAGAUGGAUAUUUACUCGUCUAAGCUAUCACCUGCGGUGGAUUUUGUAGCCGGUGCAUUGCUGUUAGUAAUAGCCGUAUUGUCCAUUGUGGGAAACCUGCUGGUGCUGAUCAUGGCCUUUAAGAGGUCGUCUCAAAUGAAGCCACCAGAGCUGCUGAGUGUUAACCUGGCGGUAACGGACCUGGGAGCUGCUGUUUUCAUGUACCCUCUGUCAGUGGCCUCAGCCUGGAGCCAUCGCUGGCUGGGAGGAGACAGCACAUGCAAAUACUACGGUCUGGUGGGCUUCUUCUUUGGCGUGGCCAGCAUGAUGACCCUGACCAUGAUGGCCGUUGUUCGCUUCAUAGUCUCUCUCAGUCUCCAUUCUCCAAAGGAGAAGAUCAGCCGGAGAUCUGUAAAACUACUAUGUUUGUGGACAUGGCUUUGCGCAUUGCUCUGGGCCAGUUUCCCUCUUCUAGGGUGGGGCAGAUAUGGUCCAGAGCCCUUUGGGAUAUCUUGUACCUUGGCCUGGGGAGAGAUGAAGGAAGAAGGAUUCUACUUUGUCAUCUCCCUCUUCACCUUCAACUUCUUGGGACCCUCCAUUGUUAUCCUCUUUUGCUACUUUGGACUGGUGGUGAAGCUUUACAUUUCCUACAGGUCCCUGGAUAACAACCAACAGGUCUCCAACAUCAUCAAGAUGCACCGCCGCCUACUCACUAUAGCAGUCCUGAUUAGCCUGGGAUUCAUCGUGGCAUGGUCACCUUACGCCAUGGUGAGCCUGUGGUCCGUCUUCAGGAGCAGUGAAUUGAUCCCCCCAGAGGUGUCCAUGCUGCCCUGUCUGUUCGCAAAAUCAUCUACAGUCUAUAACCCCCUUAUCUACUACAUCUUCAGCAAUACUUUCAAAAGAGAGGUGAAACAGCUGUGUGGUAGAGCCAAUGCCUGCCAUGCCUCCAACCCAGCGAACAACAUCUCGGAAAAUGUCAUUUACCUAGUGUGUGAUGGUAGUCGUUUGGACAAGACGGAGAAGGUCAGUGACAAAGAGGUAGAAAGGGCACAGGAAGACAAAUCAUCCUUUUAGAAGAGUCAGAAGAUUAAGAAAGAACUCCAGAACUUCAAUAGCCAUUAGAAAAGGCACUGGAAUGCUAAUAAUGGUAAAAAAUCUAACAGAUUUAUCUGGUACCUGCUUACAGUAUAUAUCCUGUUUCAAAAUCCACUUUCCCAUGUCACUGAACCAAGGUCAUGUGUAUUCAAAAACUCAAUGUCAGGUACUUGUUCAGGCUUUGAUUUCUUCAAUUUAAUGCAAUAUAAUAAAUUGUGUUUAUAAGAUGCUACUGUAGCAUGGGCAGUCAACCAGGUUUUGAGAGAGAUGUGUAGAUUUUGGAUGUUUUAUAUUUAUACAUUUGUGUAAUUGAGUUUUGAUUAGAUAUAAUUUUGUUGUUUUUAUCCACAGUUGCAGGAUUGUUGGCAGGGUGGUUUCUUAGAAAUGACAGUUUGUGAUCACAUUUUUACUUGCCAGCCAGUCUCAAAAUUUCUGUUAAGAGACUGGGAACUUCAGUUUAGGAUUUGUUGCUCACGUUGGGUGGACAGAAAACAAAAGUGAAAAAAAGACAGCACUAAUCUAAUGGUUUGGCCUUCAUGGUACAUCGCUAACAAUCAAUGUUUUUGUGCUCGGAUACUCUGUCCCCAUGGCCCUUUGUAAUACAAUAGCCUACAUUAUACUGGUAUUAUAUUAAAUUGAGACCUAAUGUUGUUUUUUUACGUUGUAGGCCAAGAAACAAAACAUUAUUAUGAUUUUAAACUCACCAUUGCAUUGGAUUGUGUACUUCUUUAAUAGUGAUUCUAACAAUGAUGUUUGGAAAAGAUUAUACUGAUGAAAGUUUGUUUUGUCAUUCUGUCAAAAUGUAUCUUAAAUUCUCUCUCUGUCCUCCCCUGUGACCUGAAAACCAAUAUGUGAUCUACAGGCCAAUUCAUUAAGUAGGUAAUGGGAAUGGUGUUCUCCUCUGCAAAAUAAUUGACUUUCAUCAAGGAUUCUCAUGUGUCCUUCCAUGGAAGAGUUUUGAAAUCUGGCAUGCCCCUUUUAAUGAGGUUUUGUUUAGUUAAAGAAAAAUGUGAAAAAAGGGUAUAUCCUACUUAUUGUUGUAGAAAUAAAAUGUUUUG